UCAAUAGUUACUGGGAAAACCACAGGGGUCAAAGGUCCGUCGAGUUAUUUCCCGGAUCCGAGUCUGACGUCUUUUCCCCGCCGCUUGCGGUGGUUGUGACCGAACUUUGAGUUUUGGAACAGGUCACAUGGCUUUGAAAUCACGGUCCAUUCACCUGGUGCUGCUUUGGCUUCAGGCUCUUCCUUCUGCCCAGCUCCAUCCUACCCAGCAGCCCGCAGAGAAAGGAGGCAGCUGGCACCACACUGGGCUUUGGAGACACUGCGGGGACUGUGGACCCCACCCUGCUGCACGGAGCUCCUGCAAAAGCAAACCUGAGAACCUUGGGUCCUCCCAGCGCCCAGCCAUGGGGGAACUGUGCCGCAGGGACUCCGCACUCACGGCACUGGACGAGGAGACACUGUGGGAGAUGAUGGAGAGCCACCGCCACAGGAUCGUACGCUGCAUCUGCCCCAGCCGCCUCACCCCCCACCUGCGCCAGGCCAAGGUGCUGUGCCAGCUGGACGAGGAGGAGGUGCUGCACAGCCCCCGGCUCACCAACAGCGCCAUGCGGGCCGCCAGGGCUGAUGAUAGAAAGCAGCAGAGAAUCUCCAAAUGUAAGACAUUAGUCAAAGGCCCGGCGUGGAGCCCACAGGUCCUUAGCGUUCGGAAGACGAUUGCCUUCCCAGCCCACUCCAAGGAAGAAUCAGUGCUGCCUGGCAGCAGCCUCCAGGGACAAGAGAGAAAAAAGCUCAGCAUUAGCAGAGAAGACGGACUUCUGCAGUGGCACCUACAGCUGUUCCCUUGGCCUCCCAAACAACCCAGGUGUGACGUCGGGAACCGGGAAUGCAGGCAACAGAGUGAUUCCAGCUGCCUCACAAGGAAGAGGGUGUGUGGGAAGAGCAGAGCAUCCGGGCUGGAAGCACAGUCAGAACCCUGCGUGCAGCCGGACACUCACUGUUCUUCCCCACGUGUGCUGGGCACCCGCCCUGCGUCAGGCUCUGUUCCAGGAGUUGGGUGAAACGGUGACUGAAAUAGACAGAACUCCUGUCGGUGAUGCCCACGUGAGAGAAUAUAAUCAAUGGACAAUGCACCGCACAUAUUUAAAACGUGCAAAUUGAUCCGUUUUGACAUGUGAAUGUCUGUGAACCAGCUCUACAGUUAAGAU